UAGACAGACAGAUAGACAGAUAAUAUACACGUUAAUAGAAGAAGAAGGACAAGGAAGGACAAGUCUCUGUGUGUUUGUAUAGAGCAAUGUACACUGUCAGAUGAUAGGUUUCCUGCCUCCCUAACCCUGCCCCUACCAUUAAUGAGCAGAAUGGAAUGUGGAAAAAAACAGAAACAUUAGCAGCUCUCUUCCCUGAUUGGCUUUUUCCGGCCAAUCCCCUUCAUCAUUAUCAGAGUCUCCUGGGACAUGUAGUUUGUGUGCAGGCUGCUGGCUUUUGUGCUGGAGCCCACACGGACUACACAUCCCAGGAAUCAACGUUCAUUUGCUCAUUUAAAGCAGUCUCUUACCUUGGCGCACUCACAAUAGACAUUAGCCGGAUCAGCAGGAGGAGCCAUGGAAGGCCUUGAAGCUGAUUCCCAAAAGAAGAUCGGAAAAACUGUGUGGAAAUUAUCUAAAGGCGAAAAGAAAGAAACCCAUAUUCCCAAAAAUGUGUUAAAUGUGGGCAAAUCAAAUCAAAGUGUAAAUGUCCCAGCAGCCCAUAAAAACAACCAAAGAGUGUGCAGUGGGUCGCCGCAAGCUCCGCCUUCUACAGAUGAGCAAAGUCCCCGGGCGUUAAAGGUUCAGCAGAUUGUCCAAGAGAAAAAGUUUCCAUACAGCGUCGUGGGUGAAAAGGUGGAAGAAAAGUCUUUUUAUAGAGACGAUGAAGGCAAAGACUCAAAGGACAGGCGCUUUUCCUGUGCAGUUUGUCACAAGAGCUUUGCUCAGAAAUCCAACCUUAUCACGCACAUGAGGGUGCACACGGGAUCCAGGCCCUACAUUUGCACGGAAUGUGGGAAGAGCUUCAGUACCAGCUCCAAUGCCGUCACACACCAGAGAGUCCACACGGGAGAGCGGCCCUACAGCUGCGAGGAAUGCGGCAAAAGUUUCAGCAUCAGCUCCAACCUGGUCACUCACCAGCGGGUGCACACCGGAGAGAAACCCUAUGAGUGCUCUGACUGUGGCAAAAGCUUCACCCACCGCUCCAACCUGGUUAUUCACCAGAGGGGACACUCGGGAGAGAAGCCCUACGUCUGCUUAAAAUGUGGGAAGAACUUUACUCACAGUUCCCAUCUUGUGGCGCACCAGAAAAUCCACGCGUAAACCAUGCACGGGGGGGGGGGGGGUAUACACUAUGAUGGCAGUCCUCUUAUCCUGAUGUGCUUGGCCUUCUCUGAAUGAGUUAAACCAGUGAUCCCCAACCUGUAGCUCGUAACAUGUUAUUCCCCAAUGUUGCUCACAGUGACCUCAAAGCAGGUGCUUAUAUUUGCAUUCCUGGCUUAGAGUCAAGUUUUGGCUGCAUAAAAAGCAAGUGUACAGCUAAACAGAGUCUCCUGUGGCUAGGGUUGCCACCCGGCCGGUAUUUUACCGGCCUAGCCGGUAAAACGCCUGCCAAGGCCGGGGCCGGUAUUACAAAUUUACAGGCAAUGUAGCUGCUGGUAAGUUUGUAAUACCCUUAAAAAGACCCCCACGGCCCUCUCUCAAUCUCCUGUAAAUCUUAGCUUUUGUCCUCUGUCUUCACAGCUCUGCGCCACGGCCUGCCCCUUUUUACGUCAUAGCCCUGCCCCUUUUUGUCACCACGGCCGCCUCUUUUUACGCUAUAGCCCCGCACCCUUUGACGUCGCACCAGCCCCUUUUUGUUCCCGCCCCCCACCAGCCGGUAACAAAAUUAAGAAAAGGUGGCAACCAGGUCCGGACUGAGAAUUACAAUAGGCCCUGGCAUUUCAGGUACAU